UCAUCCCAGACAAGUGAGGAAGUACGGACCCCUCUUGAGAGACUUAUUGACUCCCUCGUCCUCCAUCAUGGCGUCUGCAGCAGACUGGAAACUGCAGAUGGACGCUGCCCUUGAGGCAGAAAAACCGCAGUAUCAGUUCUUCUACGAGAAAGCUUUGAAGAGGGAGGAGGAAGAGAAAGAGAGAGAGAAAAGGGAUAAGGUGCAGGCUCAUGAGGCCGUCUUUAGCACCGUGUCCGCUCUGACUGAUGAGGACGUAGAAGAGAAAACGAUUACCCUCCUCAGAGCCUUGGUAGAGGUCCGGAUGGCUGAGGACCAUACUGGCCAAUUCGCACAGGUGUUUAAGCAGCUCAAGGAGUUGCGCGAAGACAUGGCCAAAAUGGCGCAGCAGCACCGUGACCAGCUGCAACAAUUUGCUAGUUCGCAGCAGGCUCAGGUUGCCUCUCCACUCACCUACCCUGCUUCCAAUGCUGCGUGUCAGUCGAGUUUUGCCCCUCUUACUAUGUCUACUUUUUCUCCUUCUACCUCUUCUUCUUCUUUGAGUGUGGUUAACAGCCAAAGCGGAGCUGCAGCAAGUCCAGACCCCGCAGCUGCUGCUGCUGCUGCUGCAGCGGCACAUGGUAGUGCAGGGAAUUCUGGAACUGUUGCAGUCCCGAGUCAGGACCCAGCAAUGGCUGGGCCAAGCGGCAACUUUGCUUACAUCGAUAGGAAGGYGGCGCAGAUUCCGUCCAAGUAUGACGGAAAGGACAACAUCGAGUCUUGGAUCAGCUCCAUGCGAUCCUACUUUGAUGUGUUGGGGACACCCCCGUCAACCCAGUCGUCUAUCMUUGGGACUAAUGUGGAGCCCGUCGUGAGGGGUUUUAUGCAAACCCAAGCUGUCCAAUCAGGCUAUAAGAGAAUACACCUGAACAAAUGGCUGAAGGCUACGCCUACCACCACACUUGAGGACCUCUUGAUCAAACAAUAUGCUGAUCCACAUGCUGCAGCUAAAGCAAGACUCAAGCUUGACAAGCUCAAGCACAACAAGUGGACUGGCACCAUGCACAGCCWGCAGCAGUAUGUUAGUAAACUCUUUGCUACUCCGGAUCUAGAGAUGACUGCUCAGUMUUGCUUGGAUGUGAUAAAAUGUACGGUCCCCUCUACUCUAAAAGAUCGCCUAGGGCUCGGGCUCAGUGGAUAUACAAAUUGGCUUACSCUCAUGCRGGACUUAGUCAAGCUGRAGGCACAAGACCUCCCGGGUGGAUCAAGUGGCAAAAAGGCCACCGRCCGCAAACGGUUUCCAGGCAGCAACYGCUUUGCAGCACACGAUCUGCUUGAGGCUGACGAGGAGACCCUCGUGGAYGAAUCUUCUCUURAUGACGAUCAAGAGCAAGACUGCGGGGCAUCUUGCUCUUUGUCAGCCCAUGAGUCUGAGUAUGUGAACGACGACGAAUCUAUGAAUGCCUUCAAAAACACUGCCUUUAAAACAGGGAAACCAGCAACGGGGGUAGAGGCAUCAUCAGCACGCUCUACAGAUGGAGAGGCGGAACAAGUAAGUACAGAUCCUUCAUUGGAUUCUGAUCCCAAUCAGCAAACCUCUCCUGAAACCCCAUCUGAUGCUGAUUCCAAGGCUGAAAAGAUACACAUCCUAUAUAAGGAGCCUUGGGUAGAGUCAGAAGAAAUUGACUUCCACACUCUGUUGACGCGUUCGGAUCAUAUGAAGCAAGAAUGCGCGCAAGGGAGAACGAAGUUGAUCUUCUUCAAACUCUACAUUAAUGGCCGUUACAUCCGUGCGUUGGCUGAUUGUGGUGCAACCGCCAACUACUUCUCACCGCACGACAUUCGUAAGGCACGCUUGGGGAUGAAGCAAGUGACUUUGCAGAACCCUUGUCGGACCCAAGUAGGCAACCAAGAGGUUGUCACAUCUACGCAUGUAGUCAAAGGUGUGCGCACUACCUUUGACGCUGACCGCAGGAUCAGGCAUGAGUUGAACUUCUAUGUCCUUGAUCAGUGCCCCUUCGAUGCGGUUAUUGGCUUGGGCUGGUUGCAGGCUCAAUGUGAAAGAACCACGUGGAAGGACUCAUAGUUCAUGGUCAAAGAUGCCAUGGGAAUCGAGGGUCCAAUCCUCUUGGAUGAGCCGCGCGAGUCCCAAGUGAU